AUGUCCAAUGGGUUCAGCCAUAGUCGUUGUGGUCUGUGGCAGUGGCGGCAAGCUGCGGAAGAACUCCAUGCUCUAUCGUGGAUGACUGUUAGUCCAGCAUAUCUGGACAGGCGGACAGCAUUGCCGUUUCACUGUGAUGUGGUUCUGAGAUUGAGACCGUCUGCUUCGUUUUGCGGACAAAGAACUCUCCAGGAGCAGGUGCAUACAGAUGAGUGA